AUGGCCCCUAGACAGACCAAACUUGUAUGCCGCUGUGUCCCCGGAUUCAGUGCUGAUGUCCCUUGCCAUUGCUAUGCCCAAAAGUUGGCUGAAGGGGAUUCUAAAGGAGAUAAAGGCAAAGUGAAGUACAAGCCACAGAGAAGCUCUGCAAGGUUUUCUGCUAAACCUGCUCCUCCAAAACCAGAGCCCAAGCCUAAAGGGGCCCCUACAAAGAAGGGAGAGAAGGUACCCAAGGGGAAGAAGGGGAAAGCUGAUGCCAGUAAGGAUGCAAAUAAUCCUGCAGAGAAUGGAGCCGCCAAAACAGACCAGGCACAGAAAGCUGAAGGUGCUGGAGAUGCCAAGUGACCUGUGUGC